CAGACCGCCUUCCAACUUAAAUUCCAAACCGAAUAACAUCUUCUCCUCAACAAAAGUCUGAUUUGAGUUUUGAUCCUCAAAAUAACAUAGUUGUGGGACUAAAACUCUAAAAGAAUGGCGAAUUUAAGAAGGGCACUCCUCUUCACCAUUCCUCGGAUCCUCAAUUCCUCUAACGGGACAUCUGUUGCAACCUCCACGCUCCCCUCUCAUAAUCUUUACAGGCCUUUGACUGGAACAUUUUCGCGUUUCAUUACUUCCAACGAGGCUUCGUCGCCAAAUAAUAUUGAUCUCUCCAACGAAGAGAGCAAAAGACGUUUAUUUAACAGGCUUAUUUAUCGUAGUAAACAAAGAGGGUAUUUGGAGCUGGACCUUGUUCUGGGCAAAUGGGUGGAGGAACAUAUACAAUCCAUGGACGAAAAUGGAAUUAAGUCCCUUGUUCAUGUCCUUGACCUGCAUUUGUUACAGAAAGGUCUUCGCGGAAACUUACAACAUGCAAGAUAAUUUCAUGAAAGCACUGAGAGACAACUGACUAGUGAUUCAAUUCAUAAGCAAAUCACUGAGGAAUCUGCAACAAUCUAGUAGAGGAUACUGGUAAUAUCUAAUACCAGCUGCAGCUGCUCUAUGCUGGCAUUGGUGGUUACAAUUGUCCAGGUCUCAGGGUCAUGAUUUUUACUGUGCUUGAGGGAUAUACACUGACUAGCAUAUCUGUAGUUCCCAUCUUUUCUUUGACUAGCUGUUAUAUUAUAGGCGAUUUUCCAGGUUGUGCAUCUACUUUUGUUCCUAUGGGUACCUACUU